UCGUGCCUUGUGAGAACGUUAAUAUUUUGUUUCGUGAUAUUUUAUCAAUAAUUGCUAUUAAAAUUCAUUUGUAUAAGUGUUGUAUAACAUCAUUGCCCACGGUUUUGUAUGUUGAUAAUAUGCACUGCUAAUUUAUUAUAAACUACCUAUGCUUUACUAACUAAGCCAUUUGUGAUCACCAUAUGAGCAAGCGAAGUUUAUCAACGGGGACGAUGGUAGCUACAAAGCAUAAAAACAAAGUAGUACCAUGCUCAACCCCCGAGUACCGAGCAGAUUCUCCAUCAAGAGACAGUGACUCAGUGUGUGAUUCCGAAGCGGCCAGCCCGGUCCCUUUCCUCUGCACUCAAGAUGGAGCGGAAGGCGAAACAGAUGUUGUCUGGAACUAUUACACACCAAAAGCUGAACAAACAGCUGUAUCCCGAAUCCAAAACUCCACACCACUCAGUAGAAAAGCAAGAAAAAUAUCAAAACCUAAACUAAUUAACCGGCCAACACCGAAACGCAAAGUUGUCACUAAAGUAUCACACAAAAAGACUGCACUAUUCCAAGAGCUGAUGGAAUUAAACCAGAAUGUGCAUGAAUUAAUAACAAAGAAACGGUCCAGUGAAGUUAUUGAUGAAAAACAGUCCGGAAGUGAAGAGGACAUUUUUAGUGAUUCGUCAGGCCAAUCCCCCAAAACCUGCUUUAAAUCGUCAAGGUGUCUUAGAAAAAACCUCUUAAGUUCUAAAUUUCCUAAACCAGAUACGGAACCAGCAUUGGAAUCUGACGAUUCAAUGAAUGAGUGCCUUAUUAAAGCCAGUCAGGUUAUUGAGGAAAAUAUCUUGAUAGUCACACCACCGAAGAAACCUAGAUAUGAACCGAACAAAUCAAGGAAUAUAAAGUCUAGUAUAAACUUUCAAAUGGAUCAAGAUUCCAUGGAUGCCAUAUUAAAUAGCAUUAAACUGGACUCGCCUUUAUUAGCACGUACAAAAAAGGCUGAAUCACCAAGCCUUAAUAAUGAUUCUUUUGAUAACUUAGUAGGGAAUUUAAAUGACAGUACAUUAGACAGGCUAACACAGGCACCAAACAGUAAAAGUAAACUAAACAACUCAAAAAGCGCCAACUGGAUGAUAGAUGAUAUAGUUUUGCAUGAUGACAGCAUGUCUAAGUCAUUUUUCGGGCGGCAUAACACAAUGCCCGAGUCACCAUCAGUAGAUAACAAGCCAUCUACAAGCGGUAUGGUUAUUACGCGGUAUAGCUCUAUGCCACAUGGAAAUACGGAAAAAAGUACAGAUCCCAGUGACUCUCCGAUCAGAUGUACUCAAGAUGAAAUCAAGAGGAAACAUCAACUAGCGCGAGAGAAACUUCUCGCAAAAAGACUUCUACCAUUCACUUCACAGUCCAGCCAAGUUCCACAGCCAACGGAAACUAAGAAAAAACAAUUCCAGCCUAAAGUUGCCAGUACAGUUAACAAGGUUCCUAAUUAUACUAACAAUGUUGCCAACACAGUGAACAAGGUCCCUAAUUCUACUAACAAUGUUGCCAACACAGUGAACAAAGUCCCUAGUUCUACUAACAAUGUUGCCAACACAGUGAACAAAGUCCCUAAUUCUACUAACAAUGGCAACACAGUGAACAAAGUCCCUAAUUCUACUAGUAAUGUUGCCAGAACAAAUAACAAGAUAUCUCCAAAAGAUAAGAGUUCUUUAAAUCCGGCUUCCAGUAUGAAUUUUCAACAAAAUAAUGUUAUGAGUAGUGAUAAGUCUAAAGAUAUAAAAUUGCUUAUUGAAAAGAAAAGACAGGAGGCUCUUAUGAAAUUAAGACGCCGGCAACCGCCGAAAUAAAUUAGGCAUUGCUUGUUUUUAUAUGUUAUAUCA